AUGGCAACAUGGCUGGAUACUGGCAUCAGAUUCGGAUUUGUCUUUAACAUUUUCCUGCUCGUGUGGCUUACACCCAACUGGAGUUCUGCUGAGCGAUGCGUGUACCAGACGUUAAACCAAACAGCCCGGACCGUCAAGUGUGAGCAGGCGAUCCCACUCCUGGUCAUCGGCAUCUGGCAGCUGGACAAAGCCGAGACGAAACGAAUAAACAACUGGACAGACGACUCGGCUCAACUGAUCAGGAAAAUACAGAACGGCAUCGGCAACUGCGUCAUCUUUAGAAUGGUCUCCCAUGAGGAAGAAAAUUGCUGCGCAGGAUGGACGGGGGACAACUGUGAUGUUGUGACGUGCUCACCGGCCUGUGCUCACGGCAAGUGCACUGGCCCGGACACGUGCACGUGCGAUACUGGGUGGACGGCCAGCGCGUGCGACGAGGAGAAGAAAGUAAUCAACUCCUCUUUGAGAUACUGUUAUCCAAAAAAGGGUUGCCAUGGCAACAAACUGUUUAACGGAACAGCCGUGAGCAAAGACGUCUGCUGUCUAGGAGAACUUGCGUCGUGGGGAAUCAGUGGAAAGGAAGGGUCGUGUGUUACCUGUCACGUGGUGAUUCUGUAA